AUGGGCAAAGAUACUAAUCGACGUUCAUUCACACAGCAGCUCGUCGGCAAUGAUGACAACAACACGUUUUGUGCCGUUGCCAUCAACAAGACCAGCAUCCAGCGUCCGCCGGUCAUGCGCAUCUGCAUCAUCAUCGUCGGAACAAGAGGGGAUGUCCAGCCAUUCCUCGCCAUUGCACAACGACUGCAACAGGACGGACACCGCGUCCGGCUCGCCACACACGCUGUCUACAGAGACUUUGUCAUGAGUCACGGCGUCGAGUUCUACCCGCUGGGUGGAGAUCCAAAGGAGCUGGCCGCCUACAUGGUUAAAACUGGAGGCCACCUCAUACCCACCAAGAUCGAGACGCUCACUAAGGACGUGCCGCGCAACAAGGAGAUAAUCAAAGAAAUCGUGCAUUCCACGUGGCCAGCCGUCUCCGCCCCCGAUCCAGACGGAGACGGCCCGGGCGUACCCGGUAAGCCAUUCCAGGCACAAGCUAUCAUAGCCAACCCCGUCUCCUACGGACACAUCCACGUCGCCGAACGCCUCGGUGUGCCGCUGCACAUCAUGUUUCCGCAGCCGUGGGUGCCCACCAUGGCGUUCCCCCAUCCGCUUGCCAACAUGCCCUACACGGACGAGCUUAGGAAGACCAACUACAUGUCGUAUAAAAUGGUGGAUUUACUCAUGUGGCAGGGAACGGAGGGUCUCAUCAACGAGUUCCGCACCAAGGUACUAAAACUGCGCAAGAUCCGCAACGGCGACGGCGGUCGGGACCUACUUCUGGAUCUUCAAAUUCCGCAUGCUUUCAUGUGGAGUCCAGAACUCGUGGCCAAACCGGCAGACUGGGGGAAUCUCUAUGACAUAGUCGGCACCGUGACCCUGAGCGGCAGACCCAAUUUCGUCUAUACGCCGUCCCCAGAGUUGGAGAUGUUUUUGGGCAGAGACGGCGGUCCGAUCUUCGUCGGUUUCGGGUCGAUGGUGCUGGCGGAUCCGCUGGCUACUACCAAGAUGAUCAUCGAGGCGGCGCAGCAGGCUGGUGUUCGCGUGCUUAUCCAGUCCAGCUGGAGUGAUAUGGCCGGUAACCUCGACAUUCCGGACAACGUCUUCUUCAUCGGCAACUGUCCGCACGACUGGCUCAUGCCACGAGUGUGUGCGGUGGUUCACCACGGAGGCGCGGGCACCACGGCUGCCGGUCUACUCGCCGGUAAGCCCACCUUCAUUGUUCCGUUCUUCGGAGACCAGCCGUUUUGGGGUCACGCAGUGGUGAAGGCUGGUGUGGGUGUCGAACCGUGUCCGAUCUCGCAGUUAACGACGAAGAAGUUGCGCGAGGGGUUCGUAGGGCUCAUGGAUCCGGCACUACGCGCUCGAGCACUGGACCUGCGUGAUGUCAUGCGUCGAGAAGACGGAGCUGGGAACGCGGUGUGCAGCUUCUAUCGACAUCUUCCGACACAGGAAAUGUUCUGCGACCUGGAUCACGAACGGAUCGCCACUCGCUGGAGCGUUUGCGAUCGUCUGAAGCUGUGUGAUCGUUGCGCACACAUCGUUAGUGAGCGUCCUGAGAACGCAGGCAAGAAGAUGGUUAGCUAUCACUGUGUGGAUUACACGGCCCGGGGCCCGGACUCGGCUCUAGAAGGUGCUUCAUCUGGCACUGGCGCGUUCUUUCAUGAGUUCGCUGGUGCGUACACUGGUCUCGUUCGUGAGCCCGUUAAAGGCUACUCAACGAACGGAGUGGCAGGUAGUGCGAUUGGUACGCUGAAGGGUGUGGGCGGUAUCCUCGUACGCCCGACACUCGGGCUUCUGCAUUUCACAGACCGUCUUGUCACGGGCCACAUCAAUGCUCACCGAGAAGAAGGCGAACAAAAGCACUCGAGUAUGUUUGAUCGUCGCUUUAUGUCUGCCAUCGGCGUACAGAGAGGAUUGGCAAAUAGCCAUUCCUCGUCGACGGAGACUAACUGUGUCGACAGCGUUAUAUUCACCAGCCAUAAGAAGCGCAAGAAAAUGCUCCGCAGCAUUAAAGACAAGGCGAGCGUGUAUCGAUCAAGGUACCAAGCUGUGCUGGACCUCCGGAAAGAUCAGAGUGAGCGGCUAUUAGGGGGCAAUCCAUUAUUCCCGAGCUGUUCUGCAAGUCAAGAGCUUCCGUCGUGGGCACAGACUUCUAGUGUACCGUCGAAGUCGAGGGAUGUACCUAAUCAGUCUUCUAAGAUCCUGUUGCACGAAGCUCAGCUCACACCGCAAGGGUCAGUCAUCAUAAAAGCCAGCGUUUCAAACACCGAGGUCGACUUGGUCGAAAAAGAUCGCAUUGCUCAGUGGAGAGAUUAUGCAGCUUUCCAGUUUGACAGGGCAUUGCAAGCUCGACGAACUAAUUCGGACACCAAGCCACCCGCUCCUACCAUGAACGUUUGUUUGGCUGCCAUUGGCACCUGGGACAACGGCAUUAAGCAAUUCGCUGCUAUCGGAUUGAAACUUGCUUCCCACGGUAACCGAGUGCGUCUGGCUGCCAACGAAUGCUUCCGAUCCAAGAUCGUCGAACUUGGACUCGAGUUCUAUCCGCUGGCGAGUGCAUCUGACAGCGUCCAAGACUUUGCGCGAUUGAUCCAUGACGCCCAACUCGGCACUGAAGCGAGACGCUCGAAUCUAGAAGCACUGCAAGCCUUUCGAGAACUAAUCUAUUCGCUCUGGCCUGCUGCCUAUGGAUCGGACCCACACGGCAAUGGUCCCAACAAAUCUGGCGAUCAUUUCCGUGCCGACGCACUGCUGUGGCACCCGAUGCUGCUCGGGCACGUACAUGUGGCGCAGCGUCUCGGUAUUCCGCUGCAUUGCGUCAGUCUUGAGCCCCUGUCGCCUACCUUUGAGUUCCCACAUGUACUGAGUUCGCUGGCAGGGUGCGAGCCAGCAGCGACGAUGACUCCUCGAUACAGCAACUUACUGUCGCAUGGCGUCGUCGACGCAGCGUUAAACCACGGCAGCAUAGCGGACGUGCUGACCCAAUUCCGUUCAUUUAUCGGACUCACGAGCCCCUUGAACCGGCCGGAUCCGCUCGUCCAAUGGGAAGUGCCUCACUUGUAUUUGUACAAUCCGGUUUUGCUUCCGAAGCCUGUGGACUGGGGUGAGGAACUCGCUGUGACUGGCCACGUGACGUUGCGAGAUAGUCUAGACACUCGAGAGAUACCGCAAGCGCUGACAAAAUUUGCGUUCUCAAACAAAGACACGCCGGUCAUCUACUUCGGCGUGGACACGCGUGACUUGCUCUUCGGUACGCUCGAGGAUCUGGUACGGAAAAUCGACCUGGCUGCUCAACAGCUUUGCAUACGAGUCGUCGUUCAAGCUCGUGAGCAACAUCAGGCAGCUCGCUCUCUGUAUCGGUCUGACUUUGUCUACCUUCUGGGUACAGAUCUACCGUACGCGCAGCUAUUCCCUCGCGUUGCUGCUACCAUUCACUGGGGUGAGCCCGACGUUUUGGCUGAAGGGCUCAUGGCUGGUAAACCCGUCGCCGUCUGUGGUUCGCAUCCGUCGCAGCUCUUCACCGCCCGCUUGUGCGAGCGACUUGGCGUGGGAAUCCCGCCGAUAGAUCCGACAACUUGCACAGUCGAGUCACUGCUGUCAAGCUUUCAACAACUACUCCAACCAGCUAUUCAAGACCACGCGCACGGCCUGACGCAUUCGUUUGAACCGGAGAGGGCGGUCAAUGUCGCUGUGGAUUCCUUUUAUUCCCAUCUGCCGCUGGAAGCGAUGGUGUGCGACGUCGAUCCAAGAAAACUCGCUCGCGUCUUCGACUCGCAGCACAUCAUGAAGCUGUCACUCGAAGCUUAUUUGGCAGUGGAACCGGUUCGGGACGAGAGUAAAGGCUUCGUGCCUUACAAGCCGCUGCAGUACGAUGGUUUCCGUCCGCCGCAGUUCUCGAUUCGCGGCAACCCUGGCGAGACUCCACGCGACGUGAAGCCAUCUCGUAACUUGGAAGCCGUUGAAAUGGCCCUCGAGGUGCUCAACGCGCAGGAUGAGCGUCGCUCGAGUGAGUUGAGCCAGCGCUCGUCCGACUGCUCGUCCGAAGGUGUUAUGGCUCAAGCGGCGGACCCGGAGUUGUUCUGGUCGUCGACGGAGCAGGAGGAAGCUGUUCGGAAAGCAACCAACGUUGCCUACGAACGGCUUGUGAAGCCGGAAAGCAUGCGAAAGCGGAACAAGCUCGCUCACCUGUUCAGCGGUAAACCGAAGACGGGAGAACUAUAAACCGUGCGGUGAGUCAUCCACGGCGAGAGAUAAACUAAUGCUACGUAGUAGUAUACUACGUAGUAAUACUUUACUAGCCGAGCGCCGCCGCUACGCGGCGGAAAUAUAGGUUUGCUCUACAGUAGAUGUUUGCCUUCCCGCCUCGGCUUAACUUCGGCGGGAUAAUUAUUCCAAAAACUCUGAGCCCCCA